AUGUGCACCAGUGACGAUGCAAACGGCCGCAUCAGUGCAUCGCGUGCGAAAAUCAAUGUUCCUCGACAGUUUAUCUGCGACCUAGAAUCUCAGUUGGAGAAACUUCAACUUGAACAUGACAGACUGCUUGCGGACGAUUCAGUUCAUGUCAGAGAUGCAGAAAGCCUCCAUUCGAAGACCUCCCAUGAUGGUGAAGGUUCGCCUGCUGAAGCGGCACAGCGCAAUCGUGCCGUUUAUCCCACCUUGGGAACCUCUAGCCAACAUGCGCCUCGUGAACGUAGAAUCGGAAGCAUCCAAGCCGAUUUGAUCGAUCUGGGAGGUGAUCGAGGGGAAGCACACUAUCUCGGAGACUCAAGCGGGUUACACAUUGCACGAGCUGUACUGGAGACUGCUCGGCAAAACGACCCAAACUUGGAUGCAUUCUCUGUCCAUGAGAGUCCACCACUUGCCAACGACACUUCAUGUCCUACAUUUAAUGGGCCGGCGACUUUGCCAGGCUACGAAACCACCCAAGAGCUCACACGUAUAUUUUUCUCUCAUUUCCAAGUUCAGUAUCCGAUCUUGGUCGAGGAGGAAUUCUUACAAGAAGUUUUGAGUCUUUCCACCAGCCGACAGACCGGUGACCCUGGUGCUUCACGCGUGAAACCCCAAUUCAUGCUCACAAUGGUGAUUGCCAUUUCUCUUUCCUGUCUCUCUAGGAGUAAUUCCCACACAGCUGCUCUCGCAGAGAGUUAUGCUAAUAAUGCACUGUUGGACCUCCCGACCAAAACACCGACCUGGUAUAUUUCUGGACUCUGCACGAGGAUGUGUGUGGACCUUGGGCUGCAUAACGAAGAUUCAAUCCUGUCCCAGGAUCCGGACUUUCAGACUGAUACAAAAGAUCGAGUGAUCGAUACAAAGAGACGUUUGUUCUGGGUCACUUAUUCCUUCGACAGGACCUUGAGCACUAUUCUCGGACGCCCAUUUACUCUCCCCGAAAAGACAAUCGAUGUAGAGUACCCAUGCUCGACCAUAUCAAUCGAUAAACGUGAGCAGGUGGUGCACUGGCUGCGUUUGCAGAGAAUUCAGAGCCAGAUGGUGCUGAAACUGUACGGACCGACAAAAACACAGCACCAAGGUAACGAGGGCGACCUCCAUACCUGGGCCGGCGAAAUAUCCGCCAGCUUGGAAGACUGGCUGCAGACAAGUCGACGGCUGGAGAACGGCGGCCUUCAGGAUUCAGACUGGUGGACUUACUGGUACUACAAUACGCUCUUGUUCUUGAAUCGACCAUCUCCAAGCCGAUAUGAGUUCGACCCUAGCCAACUCGUCACUUGCCUUGCAGCGUGCAAAAAUACUAUCCAGCUCGCGUUCAUUCGACAUAAUACAAAAUUGACUGGCUUCACUUGGCUGGAUCUCCAAUAUCAACUCUCAGCAGGAAUCACUCUUCUGUUUGCCCUUCGGACUUGUUCGGACGUUCGUGUUGAGGCGAAGCGAGACUGGACCACAAUAAAGAGCUGCUUAGUGCAAUGGGAGAGUGUGCUCAAUGAAAUGAUCAAGACGUGGCCAAAGGUCAGCCGCGCAAGGGAUAUUCUUGUCACUUUAGCGCAACAGACAUCAGAAGUGAUAGAGAGGGAGAUGCGAGGUAUUCCACAGUCUCGUUCCCGCAGGGCAGGCUCACAACCCUCUCAAAAUUUACCGUCGGCAGCUAUUGAUACAUGGUUGACAUUGAACACUAGCAAAUACGCGGCUGCCCAGCAUAGGUCGGAAAGCGAAUGGCGUGCUCCUAGAGCAGACUCGAAUGGUAUGCAAUGCCUCCCAACUCUUCCAGAAGAGAGCUCAGGGGAGACCAUGCGUCAACAAACUUCUGCUACGAAUGAUGAGACUGGCAGAGCAUUUGGCACUAGAAGCUCGUUCUCAGGGCUGUCGACAUCGAAUACCCUAUUUAACGCCAACAAUCUUCUUGAGUCUGGUCACAUGCAACCCGAAGAGUAUCCAUGGGACUGGAACAACUCAUUGGAAAUCCAGGACUCUUUCCAAGGGUUUGAGACUUUCGAGUACUUUGGAAACAUUGGACGACUGUCAUACGACGAUAUGGCCACCUUCGGUGACUUCGACCCCAUGGAGCCUUUCCACAUGGAGAGUGCCUUGAACUUUGAAGGCGAUUUCGAGAUGGCAUAA